AUGGAGCCACCACCACCUCCUCCGCCGCCUCAUGGCCAGGGCUCCAGUCAGCCUGGCGGCAGGUCUGGCGGUCUCCCAGAUGGCAAGUAUGACAUUUUUGUCAUUCCUCCCCAUUCCUCCGGUUCCGGCUUCCUCUAUCUACCCUCGUUGCAGACUCAGCGCAACAGCUUUCUCGCCGGUUGCUUUUGUACUGCCGCCUCCUUCUUCAUUUACACUACCGCAGUUCCCGUCCUCAAAGACUGGUUGCUUACCACGAUCAAUGGAGGCGGAGGUGGUGUGUUUAUGCUCAUUUGCUGUAUUGCUGUAGUUGCUUGGGCAUUGGGUAAAACACAGGGCGAAUGGGCACAACCUGCUGGCGCUUCAAGGACCGACACAGGCUCCGGUGGCCAUAAGGGGGCCAAUUCAUCUCAUUACACCAAUGCAGGACCACCGCCUCAACCACAACCCACUCCUCCACCCCAAUCACCACCGCCGCCGCCGCCACCGCCGAACAACAAUCCUCCACCUCAAUCAUCAUGGCAGAGGUCUCCCCCUCAGGCCAACACCAAGGCCAACACUGCAGGUAACAAAUCUAGUUGGGAGAAGGCUAGAGAGGAAACCAGGAAGAGGGAAGAGGAGCGCAAGAGAGCGGAAGAGUUGAAGCGACGCAGGGAAGAACUGGAAAAGGAACGUCAACGACAGCGAGACAAGGACGCUUCCGAGCGGCUUGAACGUGAGAAGAAGGAGAAAAAGGAGAAAGAAGAAAAGGCAGCUGCGGCAGCUGCGGCCAGAGCAGAGCUUGAGAAAGAAAGGAUCAGACUCGAGGCUCAGGCGGCUGCCGAUGCAGCAGCUAGAGCUCGGGCAGAGGCAAAGGCUCAAGCACAAGCAGAGGCUCAAGCCAAAUCCCAGUCUCAGUCAUCACCAAAACGACCCCCUAUGCCUUCUGCGAGAACGGAGCGAGAUGACGAUGCCUACUCCUUCCGACCCUACGAUCGACCGAAACAGGCACACAAGGCCAACUCCGCGGCAUCUAUGUAUUCAGAGUCCUCGUACGCUCCCUCACAAAGCACCGCCCGGACGACCCCACCGCCUUCUACACGAGGCCCGUAUUCAACCAAGGAUCCUGAUAAGAUCAUCAUCAAGGGCGUCUUUCAAUUCAACAGUGCCUUUACUCGCACACCAGUCUCCCAGUUGUUAUCAAAUCAGGGCAAUGUCACAGAUGGCUUGAUCCUCCGCAUCACAACUGAAGGGUUCUUUAUUGACGACGAUGUUCGAGGCGUGGCCCAGCGAGAGUGGGAUGUCAAGGCAUGGACGAUCAAACUAGUAGAGGUAUGUUACAGCCGCGGGCACCCUUCAUCGAUCUCUGGUGUGAAACGUGAUACUGACCAACCUGUGCAACAGAGCUGCGAGCUGAGCGGAAUGCAUGUGCUUCGAGCAACUCUCAAGUCCGAUGGACGCAAAUAUGUCUUCAUUCUCUCACAAAGUGAGGGUUGGAAGGUCGCAGUGGGACUCCAGCGAUUACGACGUGGUAGCUUGUCCAUAGCAAUGGGCGUCGCAGGUCUGCCACAAAACGAAGCCAAAGCAAUACUCGAAAACCUUGGAUUUGCAUGA